GGUUAGAGGUUGGCAUAAGCAGCAUUGCUGCCGAUUUUUAAUCACGUUUAUACUCUGUGCUGAAUUAACGUUAGGACUAUACUUACCAGUCCUGGGUUAAAUAUUUAUAUACUUUUCAGCUUUUUAUUGUAAAAGGUAACAAGGAAUACAAAUUCCAUUGACAACACCGAAUAUCGGGGAGCGCGUGACUGACAACGAAGUAAGGACAAGGCAAGACCGAGGUUGUGUAACUGUUUCUAAAAAUUGAAAAAUGUGAUAAUUAUUUCAUUCUCGUAAGACUCUAGGGGUUAUGUAUCACAUACGGCUCUUAUCAUGUGGAAGCAGUAUUUACAUGCAGAAUUUGAGACCGCUGUGUGUAUGUUCCUGCUUACCUGCAACUUCAGUAAACCCCCUGACCGUCAAGUCCAGUCUUUCCUCCAGAAAGGUUUCCACAGCAACUAAAACUAAAUUAGAGGGGAAGGCUAUCAGGUCUGCCAAGCAUGAUGUCUCCAAAAAGCAAAGUGCCAAAUACAGGAGAACUGUAUCAAAUCUUAAUGUCCAUAAAACAGAUGAGCUUAGUGGUCCUCAUGCUACACUACUUAGAGACAACAAGAUAUCCCUAUUUAUCAAAAAAUCCAAACAGAUAGUUGAACUUGAUUUGGACAAAUUAAAAGGUGACAAAAUAACUUUGUUUAGACCGAAAGUAGAGGAUGGAAAGUUAAUGAACCUUGACCUGGCUGAUGUGUUUGGGAUAGUAGAGCAGGAUGUGAUGUUUAGAGAAAGUGAACCACCGCCCAUAGAAUCUGCAGAUGAAGUGGUGUGGAAAGAGCAAAAAGUACAGCUAGACCAAUUGUUGGGAUACUACUUAAAGCUCUCUAAGAUUAGACUUACAACCCUCAUAGUCAUAACCACAGUAGGAGGCUACUUUCUGGCCCCAGGACCCUUUGAUCCAGGGACACUGUUUAUGGUCACUGCUGGGACUGGACUUAUGUCAGGGGCAGCAAAUGCCAUGAAUCAGUUUUUUGAGAUACCAUAUGAUUCUCAGAUGAACAGAACAAAAAACAGAGUUCUUGUCAGAGGUCACCUGAGCAACUUGCAUGCUGUGACAUUUGCUGCACUGGCAGGGAGCACAGGGCUGAGCAUACUAUACGUGGGUGUGAACCCCCUCACUGCAGCCCUGGGGAGCUUCAACCUGGGUCUUUAUGCACUUGUCUACACCCCAAUGAAGAGACUGAGUGUGGCAAACACAUGGGUGGGGGCUUUUGUGGGCUCUAUUCCCCCUAUGAUGGGGUGGACGGCAGCUACUGGGUCUCUUGAUAUUGGUGCAUUUUGGCUGGGGGCCAUCUUGUACUCGUGGCAGUUUCCACAUUUCAAUGCUCUCAGCUGGAACCUCAGGGCUGACUACUCCCGGGCAGGGUACAGAAUGAUGUCCGUGGUGAACCCCGACCUGUGCAAGAAGGUGGCCCUGAGACACUGCAUGUUCAUCACGGGCCUCUGUCUCCUCGGUCCCGCCCUGGACGUGACCACGACGGCCUUCAUAUGGACUGCAACGCCUUUGAACUUAUUCCAGACUUAUUUAGGUUGGAGGUUUUAUAAGGAAGGGGACAGCAAGUCCUCUCGGUUGUUAUUUCGAUUCACCCUGAUUCAUAUACCUCUUCUAAUGGCUCUGAUGCUUAUUACCAAGAAACCUAAAGAUGAGGGUGGUAAAUUGAAGGAAGAGAUUAUGGAGGGAAAGACACUGGUUCAUACGCACAGUUAAAUUAUUAUGAUCUACCUUUAGAACAAUUGCUGCUGAUGUCAUACCUAAAAGUUCAAAGAUUUUGGAUUUCUUAAUAUUUUGAUGGUUUUAUUUACUCUGUAUCAAAUAAUAAGUUGGGACACCAAGUGUUUACCUGCAGAAUAUUUACAAACAUAUAUCAUUAUAGUAGACUAUGUGUGAUUUUUUUUUAUAUAAAUGUGAUAUCAUAAAA